AUGGAAUACAUGUCGAUUGGCUUCAUUCGAACCCUCUUAAACUCGAAACUCCUAACAGAUGACGAUCGUAUACUGGUGGAGGACGCGCUAACCGAUUCAGCCAUGAAAUUCCCUUCAAACUACAAAUUUAUGGCCAUUUUGGUUGGACUCUUUUCGAUUUGCACUGGUACCAUGUGGUGGGCUGAACAAAAUGGUACAUUUUAAUGAAUUAUGGCCUGAAAACAUGUCUUUGACAGUUUUUCGAAGUGGAAGUUGGGUGGAAGAUUCGUAAUGUAUUUUGCACUGAAAAUCUUCCACUUAACUUCCAUUUUUAAAAUGUCUUAAAAUGGCUUAAAAAUGAAUUUUUGACACUUUUUAGUAGUGGAAGUUAAGUGGAAGAUUUUCAGUGCAAAAUACAUUACAAAUCUUCCACUCAACUUCCACUUCCAAAAAGUGUUAAAAACGUGUUUUUUGCUCAUUUUAAGACAUUUCAAAAGUGGAAGUUGAGUGGAAGAUUUUCAGUGUAUUUUGCACUGAAAAUCUUCCAUUCAACUUCCACUUUUUAAAUUUCGCUUUUAAUGCUUUUCUAGCAUAUGGACUAGUUACCCAAAGAGGAAGAGUUAAGUUAAUGCCAUUUUGAACCAUACACUCGUCAUUUUCUUGCCAUUUUUAAUCAUACCCCCCCCCCUCCCCCUUCCCCAUAACUUUUUUGCCAUUUUUAUUCAUACCCAUAAUUUUUUGCCAUUUCAAACCACAACCCUCACCAUUUUCAGCCGAUCUCUUUACUUACAACUUGAUGACUGGUAUAACAAUCACUUUUGUAUUCGUGGUGUCAGUCGGGUUCUUCCCAGUUCUACUCGUCCCUUUGGCUUACUAUGGCAUUCGAAGAUGGGAGAAGGCGGAUCACACUAUACAUCUAUUCUUGGCUGGGUUAAAACGACGCGAGAACUACAUUUACGGGUAG